CACGAGCUGCUUCCUGUGGCUCACACAUGUACACAGUCCAUGCAGUUAAUCAUGGACUCCUUGAAAAAACAUGAUUCUUCUAACAGUGGCCGUCAAGACACGAGUUCCGACACAACCGAAGAGGAAAACCCCGACUUGUGUCCCGGGUUUAAGGACGUAGAUGCAUUCGUUAAAUAUGGAUUGGGUGCUGUGUUAUCAGCCACCAAAGCAUCUGCCGGCUUGCCUCAAGCUGGAGAUGAAUAUGAUUUCUAUCGGAGCUUCCCGGGAUUCCAGGAGUUCUGUCAAAGUCAAGGAGAUAAGCUCCUGCACUGUAUGAGUCAAAUCAUGCAGCACCAUGGAUGCAGAGCUCACUUGAAAGACCACAGCACAGUGACAGGGCUGGAGGAAAGGUUUGACCUGGUUGUGGACUCAAACGAUGUCAUCCUUGAAAGAGUGGGGAUUCUUCUCGAUGAAGCUGAUGGGGUGAACAGGAGCCAGCAGCCUGUCAUGCCUGCAGGGUUUCAGCCUCCCAAGAUUGUGGUUUCCAGCUGGAAUCGCAAGGGUUCGAGUUCUGGAAGUCGCUCUGAGACAUUUAAACUGCUCCAUGCCAAGAACAUUACAAGGCCUCAGCUGAAAUUUAAAGAAAAAGUCGACAACAGCAACACACCAUUUAUUCCCAAAAUCUUCAUCAAGCCUAAUGCCAUAAAGUCUCUUCCCUCCUAUUUCAGCAACAAGCAAAUCCGCAAAGAAAGACCAGAAGAUCUUGAUGUUCCGGCUGCUCUGGCUGACUUCAUUCAUCAGCAAAGAACUCAGGAACAUGUUGAGGACAUGUUUGCUCAUCCAUACCAGUUUGAAGUGGAUCAUCUGACAAUACCAGAAAACCUUCUGUCUAAACCAGAGCCUCAGAUGUACCGACCCAUGGCUGAGACAAAGUGCUCUUUCAUUCAUAACCUGGAGGAUCUGGUGGCUUUGAAUGGGAAGCUUUGCAAACUGUCUGAGUUUGCGGUGGAUCUUGAGCACCAUUCCUACAGAAGCUUCCUCGGCAUCACCUGUCUGAUGCAGAUCUCCACCAGAGAUGAGGACUUCAUUAUCGACACUUUGGAGCUCCGCAGUGAGAUGUACAUCCUUAAUGAGGCAUUCACAGAUCCAGCAAUUGUCAAGGUUUUUCACGGUGCUGAUUCUGACAUCGAGUGGCUCCAGAGGGACUUUGGUGUGUAUGUGGUCAACCUGUUUGACACACAUCAGGCCAGUCGCGCUCUGAACCUGGCCAGACAUUCCCUCGACCACCUACUCAAACAUUUCUGCAACGUCGACUCCGACAAACGCUACCAGCUCGCUGACUGGAGAAUUCGCCCGUUGCCAGAUGAGAUGGUGCAGUAUGCCCGCUCAGACACCCACUACCUCCUCUACAUCUACGACCGUAUGAGGCUGCAGCUGCUGGACUUCAACCACGGACAGCCCGGUCUGCUGCAGAGUGUCUGGAACAAGAGCAAAGACAUUUCCCUUAAGAAAUAUUUGAAGCCUAUAUUCACAGAAGAUUCAUACUUGGAGCUGCAGAGGAAGCAGAAAAAGUCUUUUAACACCCAGCAGCUCACAGCCUUCAGAUUACUGUUCGCCUGGAGGGACAAGCUGGCCAGGCAGGAGGACGAAAGCACCGGAUACGUUAUGCCCACUCACAUGAUGAUCAAGAUUUCUGAGGAGCUGCCCAAGGAGCCUCAGGGCAUUAUUGCCUGCUGUAACCCUGUCCCCCCGCUGGUGAGGCAGCAGAUCAAUGAGCUCCACUUGUUAAUUCAGGAGGCUAGAGAAAUGCCUCUUCUGAAGGCUGAAAUUGCAGCUCAAAAGAAGAAAGGACUCACACCUAUUAAAAAGCCUGAGGUUACCAUGUUUGGUCCACAUGAUACAUCCCGGGUCCCUGAGAGAGAUUUCCAGCACUUCUCUUCAGAUGAGCUUCCCGUCAAACAAGGAAUUCUCUUCUCGGAUGAUGAAAACAGACUGGAUGUGGAUUUAAGUAAAAAUAGUAGCCUCAUGGCACCGCCUAGAAUCACACUUUUUGAGGAAGUGGAAACAAACAAAGACCAAGAUUCUGAGACUGUUUCUCAGAUGAAAGCCAGGCGGAUCAUCGAGUCUUUUGAGAACCCUUUCAGAAUGUAUUUACCCUCCACUGAAGUACGUGUGAACAAAAAUGCAAAGUUUGACCCGUCUUCAAAAAUAUAUGAGAUUAGUAAAAGAUGGAAACUGCAGAGUAUUGAACAGCAACAGAAGGAGUUAGAAGCGAAGAAGAAAGCUAAGGAAGAAGCGAGGAAAGCAACAGAGGAAAGAAACAAGGUUAAAAAGAGCUACCAGGAGUCCCUGCAGAACGUUGCCACUGUGCGUCAGCAAGCAGCAGAGUCUGCAAAAGGAGGUGGAAAGAAAAGAGAAAGAGUUCCAAGUGAGGUUGGAGAGUCAACUCCCAAACCAGCUAAAAAGAAGCCUCAGACGCCAGAACCCACAUCCAAAGACGACUUCAAGCCCUUCGACUACAGUCAGUCUCACCUGAAUGUGUUCAGUGGAGGCAAACCGAAGGACAACACACAGUUUGAUCCAAACCGACAAGACCGUGAUUUUAAGAAAAAGAAUCCCAAGGGACAGAAACCAAAUGUUGGGGCUGGAAACCGAAGUAUGUCAUACGUUGGUGGAAGGUCUGAAAGAGGAUUCCGGCAUAAUUGGCCCAAAAGAUAGAUGCUCUCUAGUGCAGUUUUUGUCUCAUUUUAAGGUGUUUUCUCUUCCUUGCAGGAACAGUGUUGCUCAUAUUUUCAUCUUGACAUUGAAAUUCAGUUUUGUUUUUUAGUAAUUAAUGGAUUUCGAGAUGUAUUUUUUGCUUCUGUGUGUUUACUCUGUAAAUAUUAAGAAGCACAGACCUCUUUAUUAAAAUUUAUUUUAG